UUUCUUUUUCUGUCAAGUUAACAACAAGAUAAAGAAUUAUUCUCCAUAUUGUUUAGCUAGAAAGUGUAAUUGCCAAUUGAUGGUGGAGUGAAAUCAUUCGCAUUGCGAAAUCAAAACACAAUAUUGCCGAACGGUGAUAGGCUUUGGUAUAAAAAAUUUGCUAUCGUUCGACACCGAUUGUCGGUCAACUUUGGUUGUACGGUGAAAAAGCAUCACGGUCGUGGAACCGUUUUAGUUUUUAUUCCGAACCGUUCCAUCUACACAAAAAACGGGCCGUGGAUGGAUAGUAAAAGCGGUGGUCUGGGUGGUAUUCCCCAGGACUUUGCCGGAAUGGUUGGACUGUCCAGUGGCGGACACAUUUAUGCCACAAACAUGCCACCACAAGAAAUACGGGAUAUAAAUCCUAUGCCAAAUACUGCCGCACCAACGUCGGCCGAUGCAUGUUUGAGUAUUGUACAUAGCUUGAUGUGCCACCGACAGGGUGGAGAGAGUGAAAGUUUCGCUAAACGCGCUAUUGAGUCCUUGGUCAAAAAGUUGAAGGAAAAACGAGAUGAAUUGGAUUCACUCAUAACCGCAAUCACCACGAACGGAGCACAUCCCAGUAAAUGUGUAACCAUACAACGAACUCUGGACGGCAGAUUACAGGUUGCUGGUCGGAAAGGUUUUCCGCACGUCAUCUAUGCUCGAAUCUGGCGCUGGCCCGAUUUACACAAGAACGAGUUGAAGCAUGUCAAGUACUGUCAGUUUGCGUUUGAUUUAAAGUGUGAUUCGGUGUGCGUGAAUCCAUAUCACUAUGAGCGGGUUGUGUCGCCGGGUAUUGAUCUAUCGGGAUUGACAUUGCAGUCGGGACCGAAUCGAAUAAUUAAAGAUGAAUACUGUGCCGGUUCGGUUCUCAAUAGUGGAAUGGACAUAGACGGAACUGAUAUCGGAACGAUACAACAUCAUCCGGCACCGACGUCCGGAUAUGGCUAUCAACAGGGAUCGGCUUCAGAGAUGGGUGACAAUUUUAAUCCUCACAGAGUUCUUGACAAGCUAGGCCGAGCCCUACAUCCAACAAUUCCCCAUACAAUGACAAAUGUACCGAUACAAAAUACAAUCAAUUCAAAUACAUCCAUGCAACAGCAACCGUCUACGGCGACAAACCAAGUGUCAAUAUCCCAAAAUGUUACUGGAACAUUAGGCACAACUCAGUCAACGUCUGCUUCGUUGAUGACAUUAAUGCCGGCAGCACAGGUGCCACAAUCUCAGCAGCAGCAACAACAACAACAGCAGCAGCAACAGCAGCAGCAACAACAACAACAGCAGCAGCAAGAACAAUCACAACAACAAACUCAACAGCCCGCCCAAACGUCCACCUAUUACGAUCACCAACUAACCGAUGGACCCGUGGCUGGAACGAUAUUUAAUUCGCCAGUUUCACCGCAUUUGCAACAGAAUGGCUAUGCAUCAGUUGCUAAUAAUCAACCUAAUCAAAUCCAACAACAGCAGAACUAUACCCCAAAUGGCGGAGUUCAGGGAACAUGGAAAGGUUCAAACACCUUGACUUAUACGCAAUCAAUGCAACCACCUGAUCCUAGAUCUCAACACAAUAAUUACUGGACUCACGGCAAUCAACCGUUGUCGGGUGAAUUGGCCGGUCAACAGCGAUUGCUGUCCAGGCAACCGGCGCCCGAAUACUGGUGUUCCGUGGCAUAUUUUGAAUUGGACACUCAGGUCGGUGAAACAUUCAAAGUACCAUCGAGCAAACCGAAUGUCAUUGUUGACGGAUAUGUGGACCCAUCCGGCGGUAAUCGAUUUUGUUUGGGUGCGUUGAGCAACGUUCACCGAACCGAACAAUCUGAAAGGGCUAGAUUGCAUAUCGGUAAAGGUGUGCAAUUAGAUUUAAGGGGCGAAGGUGAUGUGUGGUUACGAUGUCUUAGUGAUCAUUCGGUGUUUGUACAAAGUUAUUACUUGGAUCGAGAGGCUGGCCGCAGUCCAGGUGAUGCUGUUCAUAAAAUUUACCCGGCUGCUUGUAUUAAGGUUUUUGAUUUACGACAAUGCCAUAGACAAAUGCAAUCACUGGCAGCAAACGCACAGGCAGCAGCGGCGGCUCAGGCAGCUGCAGUCGCAGGAAUACCUGGAUCUCAUCAAGCUCCUUUGAAAAUUGGACUCAAUGCAGCGGCUGGUAUUGGUGUCGAUGAUCUACGACGUUUGUGUAUACUACGGUUAAGUUUUGUAAAGGGAUGGGGACCAGAUUAUCCACGUAUUUCAAUAAAAGACACACCUUGUUGGAUCGAAGUGCAUUUGCAUCGGGCUCUGCAACUCCUCGACGAGGUUUUGCACACAAUGCCAAUCGACGGACCUAGAGCAAUUGAGUAAGAUAAAAA